UGAGAUUUAUAUGUAUAGAGAAGUUGGCCCAAAGCCAAUGUUGAAUUCCCAUUUACAGACAAGUUCAUUGCGGAAUCCAAAAAAUCCCCAAUAAAACGCUUCUUCCCCUCAAAUCUAGUUGCCCCAGGUGUCCUCUCUUCUCGUAGGCUCCGCCCCAAUCGAGCCGUUUGAAUUUCGCAGCAACAACAGCAAUCAGACAAAGAUUCCAUUUUCAAUCACAAGAAUAAAAUGAGCGACCACAAGGCCGCAGCAGCACCCGAUCACCACCCACCAUCUCAGACCACGAAGCCUCUUCCUCACUCCGAAGACUACGCUCCCUACCCUAAGCUCGACCCCAACGACGUCGUGCCGCCUCCCCAGCCCGAAACUUGGACCUCUGUCUCUAUUGCCUCUGAACCGCCGCCGAAAUUGGAAUCACCGUCAGCGCCGCCGCCUCCCGUCGCCGAUCCGCCGGUUCACGUCGAGGCUCGAGCACCGAUUGCCGGUGAAGCUGCCACCUCCAUGCCGGCGGAGUCCAAUCCCUACGUCGCCACUCCUGCUCCGGCUCCCUCCUCCUCCGUCAAGAACAAGAUGGAUUCAGUGAAAGAUGUUCUUGGAAAAUGGGGAAAGAAGGCUGCGGAGGCCACCAAGAAGGCCGAGGAUCUUGCUGGCAACAUGUGGCAGCACUUGAAAACGGGACCUAGUUUUGCUGAUGCUGCUGUGGCAAGAAUUGCUCAGAGCACUAAGGUACUUGCAGAAGGUGGUUAUGAGAAGAUCUUUCGACAAAAUUUUGAGACUGUCCCAGAGGAGCAACUUCAGAAGACAUAUGCUUGCUACCUAUCCACAUCUGCUGGCCCAGUAAUGGGAAUUUUAUAUUUGUCAACGGCAAAGCUUGCAUUUUGCAGUGACGAUCCCCUUUCAUACAAAAAUGGCGACCAGACUGAAUGGAGCUAUUAUAAGGUGGUUAUUCCAUUGCAUCAGCUGAAGGCAGUCAAUCCAUCAACAAGCAAAGUCAAAUCAGCUGAAAAAUACAUCCAGGUGGUCUCUGUUGACAACCAUGAAUUCUGGUUUAUGAGCUUUGUACACUAUGACAGUGCUGUGAAAUAUCUUCAAGAAGUAUUGCACCCCACCCAGUCCCAGCCCCAGGCCCAGCCCCAG